CAGGCUGGCAGUUCCACAGUGGCACAGAGAUACACCGGCAAUGUGGUCAGCCACCCUGCAUGCUUACUUGAUGGUGUGGGGGUUAUCGGUCUCUGUCCCCUAUCCUGACAAUUCCUUCCUACCAUCAGUUCUGAACCUGACACAGGUAGCCCUGAUCUUCCAGGAUUUUAUGACACAGUUCAACAAAACCUAUGGGAGUCAAGAAGAGAGAGACCAUCGCUUCCAAGUCUUUGUGGAAAACCUGAAAGUGAGCUGUGCGUUACAGGCCUCAGAGUUGGGGACGGCCCAAUAUGGGGUCACUUUGUUCAGUGACCUGACAGAAAGUGAGUUUGAAAAGAUGUUUGGGAUUCCUCAUCCUUCUCAUCCCCCUACAUUGAAGAAGUCAGCAAAACCCCUCAAGAGUGCAAAGUCCUGCGACUGGAGAAAAUAUGGAGCUAUCACAGCAGUAAAAAAUCAGGGUACCUGUAAAUCAUGCUGGGCUUUUGCUGCUGUAUCCAACAUUGAGGCCUUGUGGAACAUCCAUUGCGAUUCACCACGAAACCUCUCUGUACAGGAGGUUGUUGAUUGUACAAGAUGUGGAUCUGGCUGUGAGGGGGGAUUUCCAUGGGAUGCCUUCCAGACAGUCCUCAAUCACAGUGGACUGACAGAAGCGAAACACUAUCCUUAUGUGAACAAAGAGCAGCUGUGCAGAAAGAACCAAGGGAAAGCAGUUGCCUGGAUCCAUGACUAUGAAUUCCUGUCCAGGGAUGAGAAACACAUAGCCCAAGUCAUUGCUUUCCAAGGUCCUGUAACAGCGCUCAUCAAUAUCAAGUCACUUCAGCACUACCGAAAAGGCAUCAUCCGGAGACCUUCUCAGGAUUGCAGCCCCCAAGAUCUGGAACAUGUUGUGCUCAUUGUGGGUUAUGGUGAAGUCAAAGCAAGGCGGGGAUCCUGGUCUGGACCAUACUGGAUUAUACAGAACUCAUGGGGAGAAGGCUGGGGAGAAAAGGGGUAUUUUCGGCUGCAUCGAGGAACCAACACUUGUGGCAUUGCCCAGUACCCAGUGACUGCAAUUGUCUGGACUUCUGAGAAGAAACUGCCUGUCUCGUGCCCUCCUUGAUGGCAGAACUGUAUAAGAUAAAGGAACCUCUCCAGCUCUGCAGGCUGGAGAUUCAGUUUCCAUACCAGCAGACAUGUUACUAAGAAUUAAUGCCCCACACUCUCAUUUCCCAACCACACGGUAGACAAUAAUACCAUAAAUCUGAUUUACAUUCUUAAUAAAAUCAAUAUUAGGAUUUCACA